UGUCGAAAUGUCCUUACAAUGUUCCAGCGCGCCACAGAAGCCAUCACCAGUCUCUGCUUGCGCUUUUGCGCCAAGGACAUGGACUUGGAUGUGUUACUCUCUCUCCAUUCUUAUACGCAUCAGCUGCGCUCGGCAGCACACAUGGUGCCCAAAUGAACCCUCGCUCUCACGGAUCGUCCAACAUACAAUGGAUUAACAGAAAAGACAUGAAUGUCCGCAAGGAUGAUGGCAUAAGCCUGUGCCAAAGGGCUCUCCAAAUAGUAACGGAGCUGUGCCUCGCCGGGCACGUCGAUCGGGAGAAAUGCGUGGAUAUAUUUCCACUGGAGAGCAACAUACCAGGUAAAGGAAAUUCAGACAUCUCUGUAAGUCUCCUAGCGGUGGUUGUAGGUUUCUGUGGGCUCGCCCUUUUGGUAGUCUCUCUCUUUGUCUUUUGGAAGCUGUGCUGGCCCAUUUGGAGAAGCAAGGCGCUCUCGACCAAUGCUGACAACUGUCCCCAGGGGGUACUACCUGAGGCCCCCCCAGCCCUGCCUCCUGUGUCUCGUUCUAUUUCUCCUCAUUCUGAUGCCAAGGCAGUUGCAAUUGCGGGAAGACAGCCAUCACAACACCAGCAGGACGAUGAGGAUGAGAAGAAAAGAAUGGUGCCGGAGGUAAAGGUCAAUGGCCGCAGCUCAGUUAAGCUCCUAGAGGCAGCCAUGAAGAUCAGCCAGACGUCACCAGACAUCCCUGCUGAGGUGCAGCAGGCUCUGCGUGAUCGUCUAAGCAAGCAGGCCAAGAUCCAGCGGCAGACUACCGAACCUACCUCUUCAUCCAGGCACAAUUCUUUCCGCCGACACCUGCCACGGCAGAUGAAUGUGACCAGCAUGGACUUCACCAUGGACACUCUACCUGUGAGGCAGUCUUCUGCGGUCAGUAUUGGCCGUAUUAAACCUGAGCUUUACAAGCAGAAGUCAGUGGACUCUGAAGAGGGGUCCAAGGAGCAGGUGGAAACCUGUGGCAAGCUAAGCUUCGCCCUCAGCUACGACUAUGAGGAGCAAGCUCUUGUGGUUCGAAUUCUAAAGGCCCUUGAUCUGCCCGCUAAAGACUUCACAGGCACCUCCGACCCCUACGUGAAGAUCUACCUGCUUCCUGAGCGCAAAAAGAAGUUUCAGACAAGGGUCCACCGCAAGACGCUUAACCCAACAUUUGACGAGGUGUUCUGCUUCCCUGUGGAGUACAGUGAGCUGUGCAAUCGCAAGUUGCACUUCAGUGUGUACGACUUUGACCGCUUCACAAGUCAUGAUAUGAUCGGUGAGGUGGUGGUUGACAACCUCUUUGAGCUGUCUGACCUAUCACGUGAAGCUGUGGUUUGGAAGGACAUCCUUGCUGCCACUACAGAGAGUGUGGAUCUUGGUGAAAUCAUGUACUCCCUUUGCUAUCUUCCCACGGCUGGACGCAUGACUCUUACCGUCAUCAAGUGUCGUAAUCUAAAAGCCAUGGACAUAACUGGCUACUCAGAUCCAUAUGUUAAAGUUUCCCUCAUAUGUGACGGUCGGAGACUUAAGAAGCGGAAGACAACCACCAAAAAGAACACACUCAACCCAGUUUAUAACGAGGCCAUCAUUUUCGACAUACCACCUGAGAAUGUGGAGCAGGUCAGCCUGUCAAUCACAGUGAUGGAUUAUGACAGAGUUGGACACAAUGAAGUGAUAGGGGUGUGCAGGGCGGGGCCAGAUGCGGAGGGUCUUGGGAGGGAUCAUUGGAACGAGAUGCUAGCUUACCCACGCAAGCCCAUCACCCACUGGCAUGCACUGAAUGAGUGGCCAGGAAGAGCAUCCAGUUUUGAGAGUCAAGGAUCAUGUCCAUCCCCCAAACCCCCACAGACCCCAUAACAACUAGGAGUUCCCACAGUCCUAAUAACAACACACAUUUGGUUUGUAUAAUUAAUAGGGUAUAUUUUUUCUCUAGUUGUAGCUUGUAACAUUGCAUUUUAAUCAAACUAUACAGUACUGGUAUCCCUGCUACAUACACAAACAAGGAUCUAACUCUGAGAGUUUCUGAAACACUUAGCUUUCUUUUUAAACUGGUGCUGAGUUUUUUCGCUCCUAAAACAAAUGUUUUCAGGUCGCUUUGAAGCUGACAGUGAAAUGAUGUGGUAAAAAAGCGAAGCCUCUUCCUGCCUGACAGUAUAAUGAUGCCAUGUCAUUUUACUGACAGAUGAAAUUACAGUGUUUAUUCAUUUCAUAUUUUUGAGUUUCUGACAAAUGCUCUCCUGGUGAAAAUAUUAAACAUGAUCACAUGUGAAGUCGACAUGAUGUUUCCGAUAGUUUCGGUACUCUAGGAUCGGCGACUGUAUGCUGACACGUUGACAAGCAGCAUUAUUAUCAGACAUGUUUGCAGUGGUGUCAAUGUGUUUACUUUUCCACCUAGCGCGAUUGGCAGCACGUUGCAUCAGCUGCGUGGGAGACAAGGGUUCAAAGGCAGGCAGUAACCACGUUUUAAAUAAUCAAUGACGAGCAUGAUUCGGAGGUUUCACUUUUCCCUCUAACAUUACUUAUCUACUCCACUAAUGGUUAAGGUAAGGUUUGGGUAGGGGGAUAGAAUCUAUAAAUAUAUGCUUUUCUCUUCAUUGUAUAACAUCCUAUAAAGCUGAAAACAACUUGCUUCACUACUAGCUUUUGAUGGCCUCUCCUGGACAUAAAUGGAGCUCACACGUGCCCAUAUGCCCUACAACACUUACUGCUUUGGCCACUGGGGGCAUUGUUUCGGAAUUUCUGUCAACGCAUACCGAUUUUGACAAAAGAAAAGUCAAUUUACUUUUUUUCAAUUUCACUGUGAGAUCAGGUUGAAAUAGUUGACAAAUUUGAUUCAGGGUUAGGGUAGUAAAAAGAAAAAGCUUUGAAAUAUGAAAUCAGGACUUUUGGCAUGGAGGUUACAAUAAAUCAAGAUUACUAUUAUUACUUAAAGUAUCAAGCAUCUAAAACUUCUUCUUUACUCAAAGAAUGGAUUAGAAUAGUUAAAAAAAGAAUAUUUUUUUCAACAAAGACACAUCAGUCACUUGAGAUAUCAAGGUGUUAUUACUGGCAUACCACAUUGUGCUUUAUCUAUGACAGACUGCUUUUGCGUGAUAUGAAAGCUGGAUAUUCGUUAUACAGUCUGUAUUAACUUAUCUGAGAUUAAGAAGAAAGGAGAGAGAAAGCCACUUUGAGUCAAUAUUUGAGUCUAGCUUUUUUCAAUGCAUAUACUACCAGUGAUGGGUGAAUUAGAUUACAAAGUAAUUAGUUACUGUAAUAGAAUUACUUUUAGUCAAAAAAGUAAUGUAAUGCAUUACAUUGUAAAUUCUUGUAAUCAGAUUACAGUUACUUUCUUUAGUUUAAAGUAAUUACUUUUAAUUACAUGCACUGAAGUAAUAUGUAUAAUACAUUUAAUGUAUUCAUUUAUAUGUAGGUCUGUUAGCGUUUCUGUGACAGCUGAUGGGUGUGCGACAAUGAAUGAGAAGAAAAUAUAGGCAUUUUGAAUUUGAGCGGAAAACCAAAAACUUUUCUGGGAAAAGUGAUUUAAGAAAGUAACUUAAAAGUAAAAUAAUUAAUAAUGUGAUUAUGUUUUAGAUUAAGUAAUCAGUAAAGAAUUAUGAUUAAAUUUUUAGAGAAGUAAUUAGUCAUUUGUCGUGGGUUACUUAUUUUGAGUAACUGACUACUACAUAUGUUAUAAAUCUACUAAUUGAAAUCAUGUGCUUGUUGAUAGCUUCUAAGUACAUUUUUCUGAAUAAAAACUGCUAUAUACAGGUAUAUUGAUUUAUAGACACAAUAUAAAUGUAAUCAACAGUAUUCAGUAGCCAUUCUCUUUUUAGAAUUACCACAUGUGUUUAUCUUAUCUGUUUGUUCCAAAGUUGGUGUCUGCCCCUUUCUUUGAAAAAAAUCCAAUAAUACAUUUCAUCAAAUAGAUUGAGAAGCUGGUCUUCUCACUUUCCUCAUUUUCCACCAUGAAAACAUUGAGAAAAGAAAAAGGGAAACUAAAGACAAAAUUAUAAACAGAGAUAUAAAAACAUUUUCCAUGGGUGUAGGCACCAAAAGCCUCUAGUGUAUACUCGGCCAUUGAUUAGACUGAAUGACGCCAUGCCUUUAAGAGCAGUCACGAUGUGAACAAAUCUAAAUCCAUUUGAAAACCUAAAAAACAAUGGAAUUUCCAAGAUUUCUCUGCAUCAAACCAACUUUCAACUUUUCUGCUAGUAUAUGCUGAAAUUAAUGUUGUUUAGAGGGGAGUUUACCUCAAUUCAGAACAAAACAUCUUUUUGAUUAUUACUGUUUAAUUAAUAUCCAGGUUAAUAUUUUAAUGAGUUCUUAUUAAGAUCUUUAAUCUUUUCAAAUACAUGUAACACUUCCCAAACAUUACAUCCUCAUAUCCAUCUAUAUUUCAUAUCUAUAAACAAUCAUCUACAGUAUCUCCCUCUCCCUUACAGGUGUACAAUUCCAUUUUCAGUGCUAAAAGGCAGACAGUAUAAAACUGUUGCAAGUGAGACACAGCAUUGUUCCUAAAAGAAUAUACAAAGUAAAAUAAAAUUUGAUGAUGUCUUCGAUGCUCGCACAGUGAAUAACACAGUUGGAAAGUUGUGUGCAAUUCUGUUAAGGCUGUAAAAAUAUUUCAUCAAGCAAAUAUUGGUGAAAUAUGCUAUAUAGAGAUCCAUCUUCAGAUGACAGUUGAAGGGGAAAUCAUUGCUGAUAUGUUAUUAAUGAGGAAAAAUUGGAAAAUUAGCUUUCUUCUGAGGUGGUCAAGGAUGAAUUGGUUCAGGGUAAAACUUGAAUGUUUUUUUUUUUCUCUCCCCUUUUUCCUCUCCAAUUUGAAAUGCCCAAUUCCCAAUGCGCUCUAAGUCCUCGUGGUGGCGUAGUGACUCGCCUCUAUCCGGGUGGCGGAAGACGAAUCUCAGUUGCCUCCGUGUCUAACCACGUCUGACAGUCAAUGUGUGCAUUUUAUCACGUGGCUUGUUGAGCGCGUUACCGCGGAGACAUAGCACGUGUGGAGGCUUCACACUAUUCUUCGCGGCAUCCACGUACAACUCACCAUGCACCCCACUGAGAGUGAGAACCACACAUUAUAGUGACCAUGAGGAAGUUACCCCAUGUGACUCUACCCUCCCUAGCAACCGGGCCAAUUUGGUUGCUUAGGAGACUUGGCUGGAGUCAAAACUUGAAUUUUCAAUUAAUCGUUACCAUCUAAAGCAAUUAAUGUUAUUGAAACAUUUUUCUUUCAAGUAAGAACUGUGAAAUGAGAAGAAGUACUGUCACAUAAUAUAGGUACAAUUCAUGAAAUAUUUACACAUUGUGGUAAUUUAAAAUGGGUGGACAACAGACAAUAGAGAAGAAAAAAACCUUCAUUUACUUUUGCCUGUUGAUUGGUGCCUAAUGUGGUUGAAUUUUGUUGUAUCAUUGCAGUGAAUUAUUCAUUGUGUGAAAUCAUCCAGCAUUUAUUCAGUCAGUAUGCAAAUAAUAUGGCACAACAUGGUAAUUGCACACCUACCUACUGUAUCUUUUUACAGCUGGACCCUUGAUUGGGUUGUCUGAGUAUUACUUGUGUGUCCAUAAGUAAUAAUACAAUCAAACAUGGCAAUUACACAAAAGGCUGUGUACUGUUAACUGAAUUGCACAUUAAGACAGUGCUUCUACCCAGAGCUCGGUCAGAGUAAUAGAACAAAGAUAGUGUAUUCUUGUAGCAUGCUGAUACCAGUACCUAGACUUGAUUGAUAUCAUUUAGAAAUAUAGACUCCUAUUAUUCCUCAAGAGUUAUUCUUUUUUAUUUAGUUUAGAUUUGCCAGUGCCAACGUGUGUAUAUACUUGAGAAUUUCUUUAACAAUUGUUAUCUUGUUAAAGUGCAUUUCUAUGGAUUGUUUGGUGGUGAUUUGUACUAUGGGCUUGUGAUCUUGAAUAACUUUAUACACAAUUUGCAUAUAUUGUGUAAUGGCUUCUCAAAAUGUAAACCUGUUUUGAUUAGCACUCAACUUCAUGGGAUUAUUUCUUGUUGAGCUAUUGAUGAAUCGCUUCUCAGUAAAACAGUAAUUCUUUGUCAUCCUUGCACCUGACAACAAAAAUGAUUGCUAUAUGUUGUUAUGAUGUGUACAGUUUGUGAUAACUUUUGUAAACAAAAAAUUGCAGUAAAUAUUUGAAAUAUAAUUUUACUGGAUGUUUCAAAUGUAUUUUUAACUAAAUAA